GUCUCUUCCCGACUGCGAAGAUGAACCCUGAGGAUCUCUUGUCAGAGUCGUUGGGGAGUCUCUACGAUUACACACCCAUCACCCUCUCGUCCGCGGGUGCAACCUUCAGAUACAAGUAUCUUGGACGAGAGGACGAAUCGGCAGAGGGAGCUGAAGGCCCUGAUGAAGACCCAUUGGAUACCCCGUUCACCGUCACUUUGACGACACCAGACACACAACCGGCCAAUUGGGCACUCCAUGCAUCGUCCAUAUGGGUAUCCGCCCUGUACAUCGCUGAUCACGUUCACGAUCUGCACCUUGAUCUACACAUCAAGCGCGCGACGAGCGGAGGCAAUCGGUUGCGCGUGCUCGAGCUCGGUGCAGGGGCAGGCCUGCCUGGGAUCUUGAUCGCACGGCUCUACCCCGACGUGGAUGUCGUGACCAGCGACUAUCCUGAUGAUGAGUUGAUCUCGACAUUGGCGGACAACGUCCAGAAGAACGAGGUCUUCACCCAUUGCCACGCUAUCCCCUACGCAUGGGGGAGCGACCCAUCUCCUAUGUUGGCCCCUUUUGCGGAAACAUCAUCCGCGGCGCCCGUGUUUGACAUUGUAAUCGCGGCGGACACGCUCUGGAACCCGGAGUUGCACUCGAAAUUCCUUGGCACUCUGUCAACAACCUUGAAGAAGACUGCUGACGCACGCAUCAUCCUCGUCGCAGGAUUUCAUACGGGGAGGUAUACUGUAGAGUCAUUUUUGAAGGCAGUUCCCGAUGCUGGACUGGAGGUGGAGGAGGCUACAGAGCGAGAGGUCGGAGGGGACCGCCGGAGGCCUUGGAGUGUUGAGGGGGCGGACGAAGAGACUGAGGAAGAACGACGACGGUGGGUUGUAUGGAUGCUAUUGAAAUGGAAGGCAGAUUCGUUGGCGUGAAUUGACUGACUGAGACGGAAGACCCCUGUGAUGUAGGAUACAUUAAUCUGACCCUGCGCAUCUGAGAUCGACAGCCAGACAUUUUAAAUGGAGACAUUUUCUG